AUGCAGCUGCAACUGCAGCAGAGGGAGAGGGGGGUGAAUAAGCGGCGCAGAGAUAUUUACGAAGAUGAUAGCGAUAGUAGCAGCAGUGGUGGUCGCGAGGGAAAGGUUGCGAGGGAAGGCUACAUGUUCUCGACACCGAAAAGGCGCCGGCGCGCCCCCGCUGAGUUACCACUUGGUCUUGUCCGGGCGGAUUUUCAGUCGCUGGAGUCCCCGGGGGCCCCGCGACUGCCUUCGCCACAUUCAUCGGCUGAUGUUCCUGUUUCUGUGUCUGUGUCGCGAGAUGGUGAAGGAGGCGUUAUUGGCCAUCAUGUCUUGCGAUCGGAGAGUUGCGAUGGUAAAGUCGAUGCUGGCGACGGUGGUCAUGACUCUAAUACCACUUCGUCAGACCCGCAGUCAGACUGGACGAGUGAGGAUGAUAGGAAACUGGUGGAGCUUGUGCUGGAGAAACUGAAGCUGUCGAAGCGGGAUUGGAGUGAGUGUGCACGCAGGAUGGGGAAGGAUAAUGAUAGUGUGGGGAGGCGGUGGAGGGCGCUUGUUGGGGAGGGGAAUGUGGGCCUGCGAAGGGGGAGAAAUAUCGUUAGGAAUCGGAUUCAUGAGAAUUGGAGGGGUGGUACUUGA